GCUCAGUCAGAGCAUCUCCCUCAACUGUUCCAUCCCGCCUUGUCGCUCACCGUUCUUCAAGUUCUAGCACGCCGGUCGCUGACUCAUGGCUAUCCUCACAACUCCUCUCCGUCGUACCUUGCUUGUGCUGGGGCUUGCUCUGCUCGGCCUAUCCUGGCCGUUCAUAGCGGCAUCCAGGCGCGUGCUCCCAGAGUCAUCGACGGCAGGCAGCACGUCGAGCCUGUUCGGCGGGCUCUUCUCCUUCAGCUCCAUGCAGAACCUCGACGUCAAUGACGGCGGCGCCAUCUCCCUCACGCUGGACCGCGUUGGAGGCGCCGGUUUCGAAUCGCGGCGGGCGUUCAGCUUCGGGACUUUCAGCGUGGACGCCAAGAUGCCGAGAGGGUACUCCGCUGGGGUGUGCGCCACUUUCUUCCUCCAAUCGGGGAGUUACGAUAACCGCGACGAGUGGGAUUUCGAGUUUCUGGGGUCGCCGAACAACUCGCGUGGCAUGACGCUGCAGACGAACGUCUUCAUGAACGGCCAGGGCGACCAGGAGGUCCUCACGGCCUUCGCAUUCGACCCUGCUGCCGCGUUCCACACAUACGCGAUUCAGUGGGGCCCGCAAAGCACAGUGUGGCUGGUGGACGGCGUGAACAUCCGCACGGUGAGCAAGAGCAGCGCCGACUACCCCAAGGACCCCAUGAAGGUCUACUUCAGCAUCUGGGACGCCUCCCCCUGGGCCACGGGACCCAGGACCGCCCGCAUCCCCGUCAACUACGAAUACGCUCCGUUUACUGUGACGUUCAAGAACUUCAAAUACACUCCGCUGUCCGCGAACUGAGAGACCGAGAUAUUUGAAUAUCGGACUGUGUACUGUAUGUGCAGAGAUAUUGUAGUAUCGAAAACGAUUUCGUUGUAUCCGUGCGUGGGAAUUCGGAGACAUUUAUUAGCGGGAAAG